AUGACCGUUUUUAUCGAGACUCCUUAUAUCGCUGCUUUGAAAGAAUCAUAUUUACGCAGUCGCUGUUCUGCAUGUUUUAAACCUGCUACAAGUCAAUGUGCACAAUGCUUGACUGUAGUUUAUUGUGACAGUCAGUGUCGAGUGAAUGAUAGUCUUUUCCAUCAAUUGGAAUGUCAAGCCUAUAAGAAUUCUGCUGAUCAACAUGGAGUUUCUGACGCAGUACUUGCACGGAUGAUUGCUCGUGUUAUUAGUCGUUUACGCAUUGAUGGUGGUGAGCCUGAACAAGAUCUGUGUUCAAAUAUUUCCAAAUUAAUUCAUCGUCGAUCAUGGAGUGAUCUUCUUGGACAUCGAGAUGAAGUCCCUCGAUCUGAGCGACAUUGGAAUCAAUGGUUAAUAACUAAACAACAAGUUAAGUCCUUCUUUGGUAAUCAGUUCGAUAGAAUUGAUCUGUUGGAAAUCUUCGGUAAACUUCUUAUCAAUCGUUUUCGUGUUGGUAUUCAUGAGAACGUUCGUGAUGGACGCGUCGCUGUUGGCUGGGCGAUCUAUCUGACAACAUCACGUUUUAAUCAUAGUUGUCAGCCAGAUUUACUUCAAUGUUCGUAUGAUAUUAAUAUGCGUUUGAAAAUAGCUGAUAGUAGUAAAACAUUUCCUGAAACAACUGCUGAAUUCAACCAACUAACAUUGAGUUACCGUCAUCAGAAUGAUUUUCGGCUAACUUAUCCGUGCAGUUAUGUACCAACACGACAACAACGUCGAGCGUUUGUUAGUUUCUUCUUUUUCAAUUGUCAUUGUGAUUUGUGUGCCGAUGAUUUACGAAAUCGAUAUGCAGAAUCAGCAACAAAUCGUUUAUGUGAACGAUGUGGCGAUUCACUAGUUUUGCAAGAAAAUUAUGAUGAUUCAACUGAAUCAAUUCUGACUUGUCUUGGACGAAGGAAAUGCUUAAAAACCGAAGAAAUUGUCGAUUGUGUAACGCUACCGAAAAUAGAUAAUACGGAACAAUCCGUCGAUAUCUAUGAAGAACAAUUAGAGAAUGUUGAACAAUUAUUACAUCCUGAAAGUAUCCUUUUGCUACAACUACGUGAAAAACUCUUUUUCAUCUACCAGAACCGUCUCAAUCAAUUCAACCUAGACAAAGAUCAACAACUAAUCUAUAUCAAUCGUGCUAUUCAAUUGGGCGAACAGUUAAUUCAAGUUUAUAAUAUUUACCUCAAAGAUUCAUCAGUUUAUCCAAAAAUCGUCGUAACCGAUGUCGCUUCACUCUAUGAACUUAUAGGCAAAACAGAGAAAGCCAAGGUACUUUAUCAAGAAGCCAUAGAUUUAUGGCAAGCUGAUUAUGACGGUCAUAUCGACUAUAGAGAUUUGAACAUGAAAUUAUGA